GAACAAACUAAGCUGCAGCAGUAUUGAAGCACUGCCUGGCCUCCAAGGACACACUCUUACCUUGGAUUAUUGCUUCACUUUAAGGGUUAUAAUGGAGCCGGUGAUCACAAACAUGAGAAUAAAGGUGGCUGUGCUGUUUCUGCUAUCAAUUCAACUGAACACAGAUGUGACUGAGGCGAUGCAGGUGACGUCCUCGGGCCCACAGACUAUUCAGAAGGCCCAGGGGGGAACCGUCACUCUAGGAUGCACGUACACCCCCGGCCCCCAGGACACAGGAGAGCUCGACAUCGAGUGGUCUAACGUCAGCCCGGACAUGACACAGAAAGACCAAUUGUUGCUAUCAUAUACAGGGGGCCAGAUGCAUCACUACAAUGACCCCACAGUCUCCAAAAGGCUCAAGUUCAUAGGGGACCCCAAGCAGGGCGACGCCUCCGUGUCUCUGUCUGAUGUGAGGCCCUCAGACACAGGCACCUACCAGUGUAAAGUCAAGAAAGCGCCGGGUGUCGACAUGAGAAAAGUCACUCUCGUAGUGAUGGUUCCCCCCUCAGUGCCAAAGUGUUGGGUUGAAGGCCCAGAGGAAAAGGGUGGCCCAGUCUCCCUCCGCUGCAAGUCUUCUGUGGGAUCAAUUCCCCUCGCCUACACAUGGAAGAGAGAGAGCGGAGGUGCCAUACCAUCUGAUGCAACCCAAGACCUAGAGACUGGGGAGCUUUUGAUAAAGAACCAUACAGACAAAAACAUCGGCAGCUACGCGUGUGAGGCGAAAAAUGCUGUGGGCAAACAGCAAUGUAGAUAUUCACUGCAGGCAUACAACCCUACCAAUAAGGUGGGUGUCAUAGUUGGGGCGGUGAUAGGUGCUCUCUUACUGCUGCUCCUCCUCCUGCUUCUCAUCUGGCUCCUGUGUUGCUGCUGCCAUAAGCGUCGCUAUCAGAAGGAGGUUGCAAAUGAAAUAAGGGAGGACGCCCAGGCCCCAGAGAGCAGACCAACCAGCAGAAACUCCAGUUUACGCUCAGUGAUGGCGUACCGCACCCACGGCGGGGUGCAGUACAGCUCCGUGAAGAAACACCUGUCUAAUGUCAGUGAAUCGGGCCGCAGUGCCAUCUACACAGGCGAGAGUAAUGGUGCAGCCACUGCAGGGGAAAGCCGUGCUCCACUCAAAUACGACCAUAAAUACGGAUACCCUGUGUAACUACAAUCCAAAGGCCUGAGAGACUUUUUAUUUUUAGCAUAAAGCUAUGCCUUCUGAAGAAAGGACUUUUUACUUUCAGUAUAAAUCAUACUGUAAAGAACUCUAUGUAAAAUAUGUAUAUUACAAAUGGUGCAAUGAAAUAUAUUUAACUGGAGAAUAAUGGGAGUGCUGGUAUACGACUUCUGUGGACUCAUAAAAAUCUUCCCUCAGCCCUUGGACAAAUAAAGCUACUACUUGUUGUCUUUCAUAAUGCACUGUAGAAUAUCAUUGCCAUUGAACAUGUUCUCAUUGUUACACUGAUUUUACUAAAACUGUGUAAAAUGUACAUAUCAAGACUUUUUUUAUUGAUGCUUUUUUUUUCCUAUGAUGCAUCUGUAGCCCAAUCAAUGUGCUGCUUUUUUAAAAUAUGUACAAUAAAACAUUUUUAUUAACUGA